AUGGGCAACUUGAGACUGCCACAUGGAGAGUUCAAUGUACGUGAGUUCUAUCGCACAACUCCCAGUCCUCCAACAUAUCAGCCACAACAGUUUAUUCGUGCAACUCCAACUCCCAGUCAUUCAGCACACCGGCCACAACAGUUCAUUCGUGAAAUCCCAACUCCAAGUCCACCAAUACACCACUCACAACACUUUAACCAAGGAACCCCAAUUCUAAGUCCUCCAACACAACACUCACAGCAGUUCAUGCAUUUAGGAUCAACUCUAUCUUCAUUGCCACGCAUCGAGCAAGAAUGUAAUGAUUCUUCCACGCCUUCCAUGCGGUACAAUUCGGAUUCACAACAUUCGACUGAACAUACUGAAGUGCAAUUAUCUAUUCCAGAACAAUCAGCCGGGGCAUUUAUAUCCAGCUUCAAUGAUUGUCAAUAA